UUUGACGCCAGCUGAUGCGACUGGCUUGCUGCGGGCGGGAUAAGUUUGUGUUCCAACACAACAUUUUCUUGCUCAAGUCCGUUUUCAGCGCUGUUGUUGUUUAGUAGUAGCCAGCCGGCAUGCCACAGACCCAAAAUGAGAAAAACAACAGAAAAUCAAGGAAACCGACAAGGAAUACUCCCAGAUUAUUUAUCUCCGAGGAAUAAAGUGAAGGACUUCCCUCACCAGCGGUGCUCUCAGUCCCCGUCAGCUUCUUAUAUCAAUGAGACUCCCAUGCGGCCCUCUCAGGUUCCGAACCGGCAGCCACACCCCCUGCCCAGGAGAAUGUUACCUCUGCAGAGCCCUGAGUUGUGCCAUAGGGCUAGACCGGGUCCUCCGCAACACCCUCCUCAGCCCCCAGGACCAGUCAGUCCCCCUUUGAUUGCUCUGAGCAGACCAGCUCACAUCCAUUCUCAGGCAAAAAGGACCCAGUCCAAUCCUGUGACUUCCAAAGUGCUUCAGCCUUCAUACCCUCGUUCCAGGAGGGAUAUAAGCAACUACUCCCCACCUGCUUCCAUCAGGAGUGAUCAACUGGCCAAUCACAGAGACAGUUUACCCAUCACAGGGAGGGGAUAUGAAGUAACGCAAAAACAGGAGUCAAGCAAGGUUCAAACCCGUGACGUGAGAAACUCUGUACAUGCUGUCCAGCUUCAGAGGCAGUCUGUGCCUCAGUCCCUCACCCCGAGGACAGGUCAGGAAGGUCGCCCUCUACACUCAUCAGACUCAGAGUCCUGGGGACCAGCAAACAGCCAGUGGCGCCCAUGGCGCCGCCAGUCCUCUCAGAUUACCCAGUCUGCUAGCAGGAACAGUGGUUUACUUUCAGCGUCCAUGUGCAGCCCUGAGGUAGCUUGCCAGGACCACAGUUCCCAACAACAUAAACAAAGACCUUCAAAUGAAAAGUUAAUUCCAGAGGGCUUGAACUGCUCAUCUCUCAAGAGGCACAGGGAGUCUGAAAACUAUGACAACAGGACUAAGAAACCAUGUCUGCAGGACACAAGUUCUGUCCUAGCACAGACAACAAACUCUGCUGCUGGCAACUUACCCUGCCUGACACCGGUUUUUCGGCCUUCGUUGAGGCAUUCAUCAGACAUGGAACUGUCACCCAAAACCAUAGAUGUCCAUCUACGCUCAGAACCAGCGCCCGGCCAGUUAGCACCGUCGACACUGUCAACUCCACUCAAACCCAGCCACUUGUCAUACUCAUCAUCCAUGACUAAUUUGGCCAGACAACCAUUGUUAGGGGUAAAGACAGCGUAUGUGAAACUCUCUCAGAAUGAUCAAACUGUGAGGCUGAAGGAGUUAAGAUCACCUUCAAAACCAGCUGAUGAAAGUGUGAAAAAAGGAAAUGAGGACAAGAAGAAAGUUGAUAGUUCACGUACUCUGUUAAACUCCAUAAAACAGUUCUUAAUAGAGCGUAGGGGGGUUCCACACAAGGACACGGGUAGCACCCAUAAUACACCAUUGGACCACCAAACUGGUCAUACUCAGCGUAGUACUCCAGUCUUACAGGUCAAGGAUGAUACCAGACCUAAGAUAGAGGAGGGUGGAAGCUCCAACAGUAGGACUCUUCCUAAACCAGCCAUUAAACCAAACUCUGAAAAGUCCAAAAACAGGAGUGCCCGUUCACGAAAGCCCCGAAUAAUUCCUGAUGACAUAAGUGAUCUCUUCACCCCCGAUCCCCUGACCUAUGUAGUCAAACCAUCAAAGACAAACAUAGAACGGGGAGAAAACAAAUCCCUGGCCAAAAGCAAGGGUUGUCCGUCCAGCACAGUGACCAGCUCCAGCACACAAAAUUCAGACUCUACAGUACCGCAUUCCCACUUUGCACACGAUGUUAAAAUCUCUUCCAUUUCACCAGUACUUUAUCCAGAAAUAUACACACCAACUGUAAUAUUGGAGCGGGUAAAACUUGAAAACAUGUUUCCUUCCAAAGACACUGGACACAAAAACAGCUCUAUCUCUUCUUCAGGCAGACGGAUCAGUGCUGAGAAUGUUAAAACUGAUCAGAGUUGCAAAUCAUCUCUCAGCCCAAAGAAUGUGAGAAAAUGCACUUUUGAGGAAGACACUGCUACCUCCAAACACACACCAGCAUCCCACUGCUCUUCCCCUGUGCCACUAGUCACGCAGGAAGGUGAAGGCAGUGGAAAGCAGGUGCAUGAAGAAGAUCCGUUGGAUGUGGAGCUGGACCUCGACUUGAGCUUGGAGUUAGAUUUGGAUUUGACCCAGAGCUCCCAGAGCAGUGAGGACGAGCAGCUGCUGUCCUUGCAGGAGAUGAUGAAGCACUUCACUAAACCUCCAGUCACACCAGAGAAGGGCGCUCUCUCAGAGCCCAGUACACCUGGGCAACCCAGCUACCAGUCUAAACCUCAGCCAGUGCAAUCCACAACAAAACCAUGCAUCUACAGGAACAACCUGGAUCAAAUGCUUAAGGAAAUAAACAGCAAUAAGAGAUCUAAAGAAAUUGAGGCAAAACUUAUUACAGCCUGUGAAGAAGAUCUGUUGAAAAUAGCUGAAAACGAGGAGGCUCAGGACAACCAGGAGGAUGAUAUCACCACCGAACAAAAAGAAUUCCUGCAGCGCUUCUCUUUGAUGUCCAGCGCAAUCAGGGACCUACAUCCAGGAGAGGAAGUAUUCAAAUUGGAGAACUUUGGUCGGAUCUUCAACCAAAACAUGCUGCAGCUCAGACAAUGCCAGGUCAAUCCUCAGGAGACAGCACAGAAAACACUACUUUGGUCCAGCCCUGCUCAGUUGAGGUUACAUGUCAGUAUUGGAUUGUUCCAGGAAGCUUAUAACUCUUCCUCUCCCUGCCCAACUCAGGUUACCCGUUUCCUUUUUAAGAUGAUGUCUGUCCACAAUGAGAGGAUGAUCUGCGAACAGAUACUACAGGCCCUGUGUCACAUCGCCUGCACUGCAGCUUAUCAGAUUGUGAAAAAUGAGAGCCAGCAGUUUGAAGUGUGGGUGCCCAGUGUGGCAGAUGUGACACUGGUCCUGAUGAAUAUGGGAGUUCCUUUCGUUACUCUGUUCCCCUUUGAAAACCUUCAGCCACCCUUCACAGAGGGAGAUCUCUUGGAGGACAUCCAUUUUAGCAGUGAGCGUUGCUCUGGCAAAAAGGAACCAUGCACUUUCCCUGAACACAACUGUACCUACAUUCUCAAGUACCUCUCUUACUGUAUGGGCCUGUGUACACGGGCGUACAGCGACUAUGAGCUGCUGCUGCUGCUGACCAUGGUGAGCAGAGUGGGCCUGGACACGCAGCUCGCCCUCCAACCCAAUAUGGACCUGUGCGCUGUACAGCACAAAAUCAUCAACAACUUCAGGAACUGGGACACCAUGCUGCCCAAAAUCUGUCUGGCCCUCACUGACCUGACAGAUGACCACCACAACAUGUGCUGGCUGGUUCAGCUGCUGCCUGACAACACUCGCGGAAAGCGGCUGCGCAGACAUCUCAGUCUGUCGAUGAUCUCUAAAUUGUUAGAUGGAAAUUGCACUUACAAACCUUCUGGCGAGUUUCAGCUCUCUGACCUGCGGCCGUACCUGCCCCGUAUGCAGCCAUCCACCCUCCUCCACGGCCUGUUGAGUUCCUCCAGCAGGACACAGAAGGAGAAAGAAGAAGAUCUGGCCACCCUAGAUCAACAAACCUACUACCUCUGCUACAGCCUUCUGACCCUGGCAAAUGAAGCAUCCAAUUUUCAAUUCUUCCCAGGUCAUCAGAAGGAGCAGCUGCUGUUUCUGUGCUCUGAGCUGGAAACGCACGUCAAAUGCGACAUCAGAGAGAGUGAGAAGUGUUUGUACCGGAGCAAGGUGAAGGACCUGGUGGCCAGGAUCUACACCAAGUGGCAGAUGCUCCUACAAAGGACCAGGCCACUCCAUGACCAGCUGUAUGAUUACUGGAAGCCUUUAUCUGGAGAUAUAUGGAGCAGAAACAAGAGGGAGGAGGACAUGGAGGGCGAUGAUGUAGAGUUCUCGGCCGAAGAGGAACAAGAUCCAACCAUGGAGGAUGAAGAAGAGGAGGAAGUUAAAGGAAGUCAAGAAAAUAAGGAUGCCACCACUGAUGAGGAGAUUGAGGGGGACUGUGUUACUCUGAAGGAUUUGAUUACGAAUGAAGGGGUGACAAAGGACACACCAAUCAGGAAGGAUCAAGAGGAGUGGGUGAUGGAAAUUCUAACAGAAGACGAGGGAGACAGCACAACUGAUGAGAUGGAAAAGAAAACAGAGGAAACGGUGAUGCUUGAGGAGUUGACCCAAGAGAUGCCAGAGAUAAAGCCUCCAGGAUGCAAUGAGUCAGACUUGCAGGGUGCUCACACUGAGGAGAGAGAGACAGAGCGCACUGAGGUGGAGACAGAUCCUCGCAGUGUGACACCAACCUCCUGCCUUAGCUGGGGUGCAGCGUGUCAUUUACCCAUAUAGGGAUUUUUUUUUGUUUUCAGGGUUUUAAUAAGUUUUGCCUUAAUCUGUAUUUGCACUGGUUGCCUGUCAUCAUAUAUCCCUAACCCCCAACAUUGUUUUGCACAGUGAAUUAAAAUAUAUAUUUAUAUGUG